CCCAGGGCAGUAAACAAACCUCACACAUCAUGAGUUCCUUAUAUAAUUUGGAACCGCAGCCGACUGGAAAAGUCCUCCUCCAGACAACAUCAGGUGAUCUCGAGUUCGAGCUCUUCGCCAAGCAAACGCCUCUCACAUGUCGCAACUUUCUCCAACUCUGUCUGGAUGGAUACUACGAUGGCACGAUCUUCCAUCGGCUUGUGCCUGGGUUUGUCAUCCAGGGCGGAGAUCCCACAGGGACAGGCGAAGGCGGAGAAGCCAUAUACGAUGGUGGACUUUUUGCGGAUGAAUUCCACACUCGACUAAAGUUCAAUCGCCGCGGCCUGCUCGGAAUGGCAAACACUGGUAGAAGAAACGACAAUGGAAGUCAAUUCUUCCUGACACUGGACAAGACAGAGGAGCUCACGGGACGGAAUACAAUGUUCGGGAGGAUCGUGGGUGAUACUAUCUAUAAUCUCAUGAAGAUGGCCGAGGCAGAAUUGGUCGAAGGCACCGAGCGACCGCAAUACCCGACCAAGGUCACCGGAACAGAAAUCCUCAUUAAUCCCUUUGAGGAUAUGGUCCGAAGAGAAAUCAAGCCCAAGCCUCUUCCCGAAGGUCCCAAGGAGCAAAAAGCGAAGCCGAAAAAGAAGAAGCCCGCAAAGACGCUACUCAGUUUCGGCGAGGACGAAAUGGAAACGGACACUCCGGCGCCAGCCACCAAAAAGGCCAAAUUCAAUCCUAAACUCGUCAGCGCUGAAGAGUCCCACAGUAUUUUACCUUCUUCAAAUGGCCAUCCUAAACCUGCGCCAAAGCCGGCACCCAGCGCUCCAGCUGCAUCUCAGCGCCCUUCCUCCCCACCGCGCCGCGAACUCUCCAACAAACCUGUUGCCUUGCCUGUUCAGAGACCUGCCCGAAAAGCCUCCCGGUCUCCAUCCUCCUCUCCCGAACCUGCACUUGAGCCUGUAGGGAAAGUCAACAACCUGCUCGAAAGAACAAAUGCUCAGAUCGCCGAACUCAAAGCUUCAAUGAAGCGCAACGUGCACAGUUCUGAAUCCGAGCACGUCCAUAAGAAAUCCGCCCUGGAACAAAUGAUCCCAGAAGGCUCCAUCAGGGGCCGAAAACGCAAACAGGGUGGUCGCGGUGGUGGCGCGGCCGACGAGCGACGCGCUCUCGAUUUCCUCAACUCGUUUCGCGCAAAACUCGAAAAGGCUCCUGCGGCGGCAAGUGCGCCGAACCCUACAGGCCCAAUGGACUUGGACCAACUCAACGAACCCGUGCCUGCGCCUGCGCCCGCGCCCGAUACUGCCAACCCCGGUCCAAAGGUCGGCGACGCAGAAGACGAAGCCGAGUUGUGCGAUUUACAUUUUAUUGCGAAUUGCCAGUCGUGCAAAUCAUGGGACACCAAUCAAGCCGAGGCGCAAGAAGACAACGACAACGAUCGCGGCUGGAUGUCCCAUGCGCUUAGCUUUGAAAAGGAUCGUCUCGGUAAAGAUCUCAUGUGGAAGAAGAAGAACGAGGAGGAACUCGUUGUCAUUGAUCCAAGAGAAAAGGGUAAAGAAAUCAAGGAAUCAAGACGAUCCGAUCGGGACCGUGACCUUAGAGGGCAAGGACGGAAGGCGUAUGAGCGAGACCGGCCCCGGGAUAGAGAUGCUAGGCGCUAAAAGCCUAGGAUGUUCUUCCAGCGCAUUGUUUUUUUUUUUUUUUUU